UCAGUUUUCGCUUUCGGUUUUCUGUAUGGAUCAUACGGAGGCUUUAAAGAGCACCACUCGAAAGUAACACACAGUGAUCUUCAGCAGUCAGUUACAGCAGCACAGAUGGCGAUUAAACUACGAGUGUAUCAGGAGGAGGUGGUGCAGACUGCUCUGAGAGGAGAGAACAGCAUCAUCUGGCUCCCCACAGGUGGAGGGAAAACCCGGGCUGCGGUCUACGUCACCAAGAAACACCUCGAGACCAAAAAGAAUGCUAAAGUGGCAGUGCUUGUCAACAAGGUGCACCUGGUAGACCAGCACUUUGAGAAAGAAUUCAAUCCUUUUCUUGGGAAAGAUUAUAAAAUCAGGGCCAUUAGUGGGGAAUGCGAUGAAAAAGACUACUUCGGACGUGUGGUCAAGAAAUCAGAUGUUGUGAUCUGCACUGCUCAGAUCCUGGAGAACGCUCUGACCAACAUGGAUGAGGACAAACACGUGGAUCUCACAGACUUCACCCUGCUGGUCAUAGACGAAUGCCACCACACACAUAAGGAUGGCGUCUAUAACAAAAUUAUGGGCCGCUAUGUUGAAAAGAAAUUGCGAAAGGAGGGAAAUUUGCCUCAGGUUUUGGGUCUUACAGCAUCACCUGGUACUGGAGGAAAUAAGACACUUGAUAAAGCUGUGGAACAUGUCCUUCAGAUCUGUGCCAAUCUUGAUUCUGUUAUUGUGUCCACCAUGGAAUACAAAUCAGGGCUUCUAAAAGUCGUCCCCAGACCCAUGAAGCAAUAUGACAUUGUUGAAAAAAGAGCUCUGGACCCAUUUGGGGACCAUCUGAAGUUAAUGAUGUCAAUGAUUCACGAGUUCAUGCCGUCAACGGUGAGCGCGGAUCUGCGUCAGAAGGGAACCCAGGAAUAUGAAAGUGAUGUGGUGGAUCUACACAAAACAGGUGUAGUGCAGGAGAACAGGCUGAUAGCUCAGUGUGCUCUGCAUUUGCGGCAAUACAAUGAUGCUCUCCUCAUCAAUGACACUGUUCGCAUGGUGGAUGCGUUCCGGCUUCUAGAUGACUACUACAAGUCAAAAGAAAACAAAUUGCUGGAUGGCACUGACUAUUUUCUCUUUGGACUUUUUGAAGAAAACCGUGUAGAACUAAAGCAGCUGGCAUCAACCCCUCUCUAUGAAAACCCCAAACUGGCCAAGUUGGAGCACACGCUGCUAGAACAGUUUAAGGACCAAAGCUCUCGCGGUAUCAUCUUCUCAAAGACCCGCAAGGGUACCCACUGUCUUCAUGAGUGGGUGAGCUGUAACCCUGAGCUGCGGAGGGCAAACAUCUGUGCUGGCAUUCUUACCGGAGCGGGCAUGGGGGCAAACAACAUGACCCAGAGGAAACAAAAGGACACAAUCAAAGCAUUGCGAGAUGGAGAACUCAACCUCCUAGUAUCCACCAGUGUAGCUGAAGAAGGACUUGACAUCCCAGAAUGUAACGUGGUUGUACGUUACGGGCUAUUGACCAAUGAAAUCGCUCAGCAGCAGGCCAGUGGGCGGGCCCGUGCUAAGAACAGCGUCUACUCCGUGGUUGCUACAGAUGGGGGGCCUGAACUACGCAAGGAACACACCAAUGAGUACCUAGAAGAACUGACCGGAAAAGCUAUUAUCCAAGUGCAGAGCAUGAAUCCCAGGGAGUUCAGAAUAAAGAUCUUUGAGAUCCAAAAAACGGAUGUUUUGGUUCGGAUGCAGGCUGAGAAGAACAGGGAAAAGAAAGAGCAGCGCUACAACCCUGCUGAAGUGCAGUUUCAGUGUAAAGGGUGCUUUACUCCUGUUUGCUACGGAAAAGAUAUCAGAAUAAUAGAGAAUUCACACCGUGUUAACAUCAAUCCUGAUUUUCAGAUGUAUUAUAAAGUAGGCGGGCAGGUGUAUCUGGAGAGACAGUUCGAAGAUUGGGAGCCUGGAAGGGUUAUCGAAUGCAGCAAGUGUGGAGAGCACUGGGGAAUGGAGAUUAAAUUCAAGAAAGUGGCAAUACUUCCUUGUUUGAAAAUACAGAGUUUUUCCAUGAGCACUCGUCAAGGCAAAUGCUCACCAAAGAAGAACUGGAGUAAAGUUGAGUUCAAAGUGGAAGAGUUUGACUUGAUUAAGUACAUGGAAGACCAUUUAUCUGAUCUAGACGACUGACACAUCAUUUACGUUUAUUCACUGAAGAGAGCGUUUUAACCAAAGCCACUUACAAAUGAGAGAUCCUUAACAGAAAGAUUGUAGAUUACAAAAGAUUGUAGAUUACAUAGCCAUGUUUUCAAGUAAACAUCAGCUGUGGCUAGGACAAUAUAAACUAUAUAGAAGUUUUUUUUUAAUUAAACUUAGACUGAUUAAACUUGGAAAAUUGUCACAUAGGUGUUAGUCAAUGAGUAGGGAAAUGGAUGUUUUAAGUUGUUAGGUUUGUGGACUCUGCAGAUUUUGGUUUUCAACCUGUGGUCUUGGGAGGUACGGUUUUAAUAUAUAUUUUAGGCAGCAUUCUAAAUCAUGUAUUCUUAUUUCCAUUUUGAACAUUGUGGUAUGGAUAUAUCUGCAAUUUUAAAACUGUUUUUAAAGUCGGUAUAGUACGUGUUUGUUUGUUUGUGCGUGUGUGUAAAUGCUUGAAUGCAUAGGUAGUGUAGGUAGGCUUAUUAUCCGUUUCAUCAUACUUAUUGUUGUGUCCAUUUCCGUGAUCAGGGCAGUGAUGCACUUUCAUUAUUCAUUGUUGUUUGCAUAUUUGUUUAUGUAUUGAAUGUGCAUUUGCGAAGUUUAACCUCAUGGAACUUUACUUGCUUUUGCGCAUCGGCCUGAGAUUGCGUGAAAAUGUUCAUGUAUUUAUGUAAAGCUUUUAUGUAAUGGAAAGAGAUACACUUUGAAGCUUAUUCCUAAAAAAUGCAUAUAAUAUAUGUAUGUUUUAUCACAGCUUUUAGGUCACAUUAUGUUUUUUUUAAGUAUUUUUAAAACUUUUAAUGUGAAGAAUGACAUGUUUAUUACAGUCAUAUUAUAAACAUGUGUGAAAUCUAUCAAAUUAAAUACAAUUAAGGACGUAAAUUGAGUGUGUAUGGCAGUUUUACACGAGGCAUACAUGUGUUUGAUUAUUUAUUUGUAUGAGUCAGUACAGUGUAUUGGUCGCUAGAUGGCAGCAUGCAGCCCUUAUUUUCUUCAAUGUUAAUUUACUGUCGUUCACUCGAGUUAAUGAACGUGUUCAUUUCUGUUUUUCCCCAUUUAAACUUCGCUUUCGUUUAUUAUUAUUUAUGUACUAUUGGACCACGUACGAAAAGCCUUUAAGUCAGUAUAAUCUAAAAGAUGUGUUUUGUUCAAUUCAGACAUUGCGUUUGAGUCCAAAACUUUUAUAGAAUUUUUAUAUGAUUUAAUUUCAGAAAUGUCAUUUUUUACUUUUUUUCAAAUUAUAUUACAUGUCAAUAUUUAUGUGCGACAGCCUAUACAUUCAUCAAAUUGAUAUAAUUGUACAAAAUUGAUGUGUUGAACAAUCACAUCAUUUGUGAAUGCCAUGAAGUGAAAGUGACCUAUUUGUCAGUUAUGGUGACCCAUAACCGAAAUGUGACCUGAAAGGAUAUAUAUCAUACAUAUGUCUUCAUAAUGCAUAUAAUUAAAUGUGGAUUAUUAUAGAUUAUGAUUGUCACAUUCUUCAAGGUACAAAAUAAAUCUGUUUGAAUUGUAUGUAAA